AUGGGUUCAGAGAGUGAGAGUACUGCAAGUUCCAUUACCACUAGCGAGGAGUCCAGCGAGAAGAAAGUGAUGCCUAGGAAAAGGGGAAGGCCGCGUAAAAAUGAGGGUGGCAGACCAGCCCAAAGCCACUUCAAUCCUAUGCUUUACCAAGCGCCACUUGGAUACCAAUAUGCUCCAACAAUAGGGCCGGGGAUUGCACACAGUAUGAUUCCAGGAAUCCAGCAUGGGUUCUACAACACCUUUAAUUUCAAUCAAGGAUAUGGUUAUGGAUAUGGAUCGAGUGUUUCUCUCCAAGGAGAGGACUCACGGGCUCGGGAGACCAGCGGAUAUCGGGAAAGGAGCGAGGAGAGGAGUGUUUACAUCCCCGAGAGGAGACAGAAGAGGAAUGCGGCGAUGGUCAAGAGAACGUCGAUACCGGAGUCUGAGAGCAGCACGGAAGAAGCCGACGAGGAGUCUGAAGAUGGAAUUGAGAAGCUAUUGAAGUACGAUGCGGAGGGUGAAAAGUACUUUGUUAAGUUCAAAUACAAAAGCUAUCUCCACUGUGAUUGGGUUCCGAAGGAAGAGAUCAUGGCCACAAAGGUCGGGGCAAUGAAGGUGAAGAAGUUCAGGGCUGUUGAGGUCCCCUUCAACCCUGACUUUUUGAAAGUGGAUAGAAUACUUCAUGAGGAUUACGAUGGAGAGAAAGUGUUUCUAGUGAAGUGGAAGAGCCAGCCUUAUGAACUGUCGACGUUUGAGACUGCGGAGAGUGUGACGAAAUGCGAGGGGUUUGAGGAGGAGCUUAAGAAAUACAGAGAUAGAAAAAAGAUUAGGAACAUGAGGGUUGGGAUUGAGUGGAGGCCGUCGAGGGAGAACUUCAUCAAGUACGACGAGUCGCCUGUGUUUAAGGGAGAAAACAGGCUCCGGGAGUACCAGCUUGAAGGGCUAAACUGGCUGCUGAAUCGGUGGUACUAUCGACAGAGCUGCAUUAUGGCUGAUGAGAUGGGGCUGGGAAAGACGGUUCAGAGCGUGACCUUCAUCAAUACGCUUUUUACAAAGUACGACUACUGUGCACCUGUGCUUGUUGUGACACCUCUUAGUAUUAUUCCGCACUGGGAAAGAGAAUUUGAAGCAUGGACCGACCUAAGGGUAUUGAAGUAUCAUGAAAAUAGGCCUGGAAGAGCGUUGAUAGCCGAGUAUGAGUUUGUAUUAAAGAAAAAUAAUCUCGAGAUUAGAUUAUUUGAUGUGCUGAUCACGACAUAUGAUACUGUCAUGGCCGAGCAGGAGCAUCUAAGCCAAUUCCACUUUUCUGUGGGAAUAUUUGAUGAGGCCCACCGACUGAAGAAUGCAAAAUCGAAGGCAGCAACUGUGUUGAGGACUCUGAAGUUCAACCACAAGGUGCUAUUGAGUGGGACGCCGCUCCAAAACAACAUUUCUGAGCUGUGGUCUCUGCUAAACUUCAUAGACCCUGUGAGGUUUUCGAGCCUUCCACACUUCCUUGGGGAGUUCAAGAUGGAAAACAUCAACGAUGUCGAGAAGCUCCAAGGGCUUCUGAGGCCCUUGAUGCUUAGAAGGAUGAAGGAGGAUGUUGAAAAAUCGAUUCCUACGAAGGAAGAGACCAUUAUUGAGGUUGCCUUGACGAUGAUCCAGAAAAGGUUUUACCGAGCAAUACUUGAAAAGAACAUCGAGUUUUUAACCAAAGGAGGGAAGGACUCUGCGCCGAAUCUUCUUAAUGUCAUGAUGGAGCUAAGAAAGUGCUGUAUACACCCGUACCUGAUCAAGGGAGCAGAAGAGCAGAUACUUAGCGGAUAUCUGAAGAAGAAGAGGGAGAAGAAUAGGGCUGAGGGAGCGGAGAAUGAUAUAACGCUAGCUUCUGAUGUGCUGAAUGGAGACGAGCAUCAAGAAGGCGGAAUAAUAAGCGACAUUGACGAGUACUACAAAGUGUUUAUCCAGAGCAGUGGAAAGCUUGUGCUUCUGGACAAGCUCCUGGGAAAGCUGAAGAAUGGGCAUAAGGUGCUUAUUUUUUCCCAGAUGACUAGAUGCCUGGAUCUCCUUGCGGAAUAUCUUACAUAUAGAAAGUACAAGUAUGAGAGGAUUGAUGGGGGAGCCAGAACCGAGAACAGACAGGCAGCAAUUGAUAGGUUCAGCGACAAGACAAGCGAUGUCUUUGUGUUCCUUUUGAGCACUCGUGCUGGCGGCGUAGGGAUAAAUCUUACUGCGGCGGACACUGUGAUUAUCUUCGACUCUGAUUGGAAUCCUCAGAAUGAUCUCCAAGCACAGGCUCGGUGCCAUAGAAUUGGGCAGACAAGCGAAGUAAAGGUGUACAGGUUGGUGACUGAGAACACAUAUGAAAGAGAGAUGUUUGAUAAAGCAGGGCUGAAGCUAGGACUUGAUCGUGCGGUGCUACAAAGAAUGACCUUUGAGGAACACAAAAGCGAGAAGACCCGGAAGAAAGAUGCCAUAGAAACUCUUCUGCGGAAGGGAGCCUAUGGGGUCCUGAUGGAGACUGACGAUGCGUCUAGUAGAAAGUUUUGUGAGGAGGACAUUGAUCAAAUUCUUGAGAGAAGGACAAAGAUUGUGAAGCACUCUGACGGAGGGAAUGUGUUUUCGAAGGCAUCUUUCCAGGUUGAGGAAGACAUUGACGACCCCGACUUCUGGGAGAAUCUUCUUAACAAGAAGAAGAGUGAGGAGAGCGAGGGAAGAAUUAAGAGACAGAUGAGAAGACUUGCCAGAGAAGGAGGAUUGACUCAAGAGAAUAUUUCUGAGAUUGAUGGCCUUCUGAACACAAAGCUUGAAAACGAGGAUGAGAAUGUAUUUUACGAGAACCAGUGCCUACUCAUAUUCCUUGGAGUUCUCAGAUUUGGGCCCAGGUCUGUUGGGCUUGAGAUUCCAAAGCUGGAAGAGGAGGAUUUGAAGGGGGAUGACGAAGCACGUGUGUUACCUCAGUCAAAGCACUUCAAGGACACGGCCACGUACUUCAGGUAUCUUGUGAAAUAUGUUGUCGAUCAGUUCCAAAGCACUAAGGUGAGAUCAGACUUCUCUGACGGGAUAGAAGAGUUUCUUGUUGAUAACUAUGAUCCUUCGUUGUUUUCAAAGUUUGAGGAUGUAUAUAAGAAAUAUGGAGAAAGAUUUCUGCUGCGGAUCCAGGUGGUUAUGAUCUUGCACUCGCUUCUGAAGACAGAGGAUCUCUCAGUGGAGAAAGUCAGAGGAUGGACUAACGAUGACGACAGGAUGCUUGUUGAGUUGACGCUGAAGUAUGGAUAUGACUGCUAUCCUGAAACAAUCAGGAACAAGAACAUGGAGGACAUGAACCAACGGGUUAGGAAGAUUGUCUCUACGCUGAGCAGGAAGAAGGAGGUCCGUGAAGACAACAAUCUGUUUCAUAAAGCUAUAAUGAUGUUUGGCCGAAUAACGGACGACAACAGGGAGAGCAUAGUCGAGUUUCUCGGGGACAAAGACAUAGAAGGGCUUGAAGAGACCAUUAAUCGAAUCCUGGGGGAAACUAAAAGACACAAGCUCAGCAGCUCAGAGACCGAGUGUUUCGAUAGAAUGAAUUGGUUCAAUAGCUUAAGAUCGAUGGCAAAGAUUCCUCAGCCCAAGAGAGGAAUGCUCCCGAAAAAUUGGAGUGUCAAGACAUUGUCUGAGCUACGUAAUGAGCUGCUAACCAAGGGAAUUGCUUUAGCCGGAGAGAAAUUCAGUGUUAGCGAGGAAUUUAUAGUGAAGAAGUUCGAGGCUUUGUUUCCUCUAAGCAGGUCUAUACAGAAUUAA